CAAACUCCAAGGUAACCCCAACACAGCUCGCUUCUUCUUGGAAAAGGAUUUGAAGGCUGGUCACAAAAUGAACUUUUUCUUCACGCAGUCCUCCAAGAAAGCAUCCUUCCUGCCUCGUCAAGUCGUCAAAUCCAUUCCCUCUUCUUCAACCAAGAUGGCUGAAAUACUGAACAAGUUUGCUGCGAAGCCUGGCUCGAUAAAAGCUGAGGUUAUGGAGAACACAAUUGAAGUGUGUGAGGAGUCGGGGAUUAAAGGAGAAGACAAGUAUUGUGCAACAUCUUUAGAAUCCAUGCUUGAUUUCACCAUUCUGAGGCUUGGCAGAAACGUUCAAGCUUUGUCUACCGAGGUGAUGCAGAAGAAGGAAACAAAGAACCAACAAUACACAAUAACUAAUGGGGUGAAGAAGGUGGGAGGGGCAAAUCUGGUGGUAUGCCACAAGCUCAAUUAUGUGUAUGCUGUGUUCUAUUGUCACAAAAUAGAGAACACAGUGGCCUAUACGGUGUGGUUGGAGGGGGCUGAUGGGAGUAGAGUGAAAGCUGUGAGUGUGUGUCACAGAGACACGUCACAGUGGUACCCAAAACAUUUGGCCUUCCAAAUGCUAAAAGUGAAACGAGGCAGUGUUCCAAUAUGCCACUUCCUUUAUGAGGACACCGUUGCGUGGGUUCCCAAACAAAACUAG